AUGUCUAGAUGGUUACUCAACUACACUCCUCAAGCAACGAUUGUCCGCCUGCUCACCAUCAACUUGAUAAAUGCAUACACCACAUCGUGGAUCCUAUAUCUAUCAGGCGGUUCAGGAGAUCCACGCUUACUUCUUCCUGCUUGGAUUUGUAUAGCUAGUACACUAACAUUUCUCUACCACCUGACUCAUCCACGACUUGCGAUACGGAAGGAGACUUCCUUAUCAAUUUCCGUCUUUUCAAUUGCAAGUUUCAUUAGCAUGGUCAGUUUAUUAUCUCAGUUGUACCUUUCAAGAACGGACCUUCCGCCGCUACCCUUGAUUCUGCAUAUGGAAGAGAUCUGGGGGCAUGUCAAGACAGGGUUGAACUUGAUAGUAUAG